GAUGCGCUGUGUCCCUCGGACACAGUGGAUCACCGAUCACGGAAAGAGCCAAAGAUGUCAGCUUGGUCAUGUGAUCAGCUGUGUCCAAUCAGAGCUGAUCACAUGGGACAUGUACACUGAUCAUCAGAGCACUGAUGAUCAGUGUGCCCUGAUGAUCAGUGUAGCCCCAGCAGUGCCACCUGUCAAAGUCCACCAGUGCCAGCUGUCAGUGCCGAUCAGUGCCACAUCAAUGCCACAUAUCAGUGCAUACCAGUGCACCUCAAUGCAACAUAUCAGUGCCCAUCUGAGCUGCCUUUCAGUGUCAUCCAUCAGUGCCAGUCAGUGCCACCUAUCAAUGCCAAUCAGUGCCAGUCAGUGCCGCCUAUCAGUGCCACCUAUCAGUGCCACCUAUCAGUGAUGCCUUUCAGUGCCCAUCAGUGAUGCCUGUCAAUGCCCAUCAGUGUCACCUACCAGUGCCUCCCCAUCAGUG